AUGAACAGUACACAGCAAUAUAUCCAAAAUUCGAUUCAAGAAUCUUACUACUCAGAAUUUGAUUACGAAAAAUGGGCUGAUUAUUACGAAGAGGAAACGUUUGAGGAUGAAUACGACGUGGAAUCAGAAUUCAGCGAUGAUUUCGAACGAGAUCAAUUAAUGGAUAGAAAGAAAAAGAAGAAGAAGAAGAUACGUUUACAAAAAUUACUCGGUGUCGUCCGAAAAAAAGAUGACGAUGAUGUUUCGAUCGAAACUUUGAUUACUCCGGAAGAAAAAGAUGUUGUUUCCGAAAAAUCACUCAGCGAAUCAUCGAUUCAUCCUUGCUUGAGGGAUAUCGAUAUAAGCGAUUCGCAAAUGAAAUUAUCCAAUUUGAACACGACCUUUCCAAUCCCAAAUGAUCCCGGGGUGGGCCCAGCAUUUUGGGUUCUUGCAACUCAAGAAUCCUUUGAAGAAGGUGGGGUUUACAAAUUUGACGAACAUGCCAAAUUCAAAGGUCUUAAAGUUAUACAAUCUAUUGCUAAAAUGUUGCAAACGGAAUACAUUGAUUUAAGAUAUUACGGAAUCGAUCCACGAAUCGUUCAAAUUAUUUCUUGCGCUUUGCAAAAUAACGCAUCCGUUCAAACGAUCGAUCUUACGGACAAUUGGUUGACACAAGGUGCUUGUUAUCAUUUGGGUGAAUUAUUGCAGAAAAGUAGCACAAUAAAUCAUUUAAUUUUAUCCAAAUGUCGGAUCGGUUCGAAAGGUACGGAAAAAUUGUGCGAUGGAAUUUCAGCAUCAUCCUCGUUGAUCACUCUCAAUCUUAAUUCUUGUGAUCUUAAUGAGAAAGGAUUAGAAAUAUUAGCAUCCGCGGUACGAGAUAAUCAAAGCUUGGAAGAACUAUUUUUAGCAAAUAAUAAUUUAAACAAAGCUUGCACAGAACAUCUAUGUUAUAUCAUAGCACAUUCGAAAUCCAUUAAAUGGUUGGAUUUAUCAUCGAAUUCGUUGUUCGAUCAACAAACUUGGAAAAGUUUGGCAAACGUUUUAUCGAAAAAUUAUAUUUUGGUUGGAUUAAAUUUAUCGUGGAACGGGAUUGAUUCUGAAUGCUGCUUUGGAAUUAAUUUUUUAUUUAAAGGUAACAUGUUAACGAAAUCUGAUGCAGCAAUUAUUUCCAAACCAUUGUCGAGAAACAAUGUAUUAGAAGAAUUAUAUUUAGGAAGUAAUCCUUUGGGCACGGAAGGUGCAUUUAUUUUGAUUUCUUCUCUUACUAUGAAAAAUUCACCGAACAGUAGUCUUCGUCUUUUAAAUUUAGAAAAUGUUUGGGCAGAUAAAAAUAUUCUACCAGAAUUGGAAUCGAUAGAAAAUGAAAAACCAUGGUUGCAAAUAGAAUUAGGUGGUAUUCUUAGUAAUUACAAAUUAGUAGGGCCAAAUGUUCAAAAAAUUCUUUUGAGAAGAGCUCAAUACGAAGCGAUGGCACAAAAACGAAAGAGACUUAGAAGAAAUUUUGGUCAUUUUGUAUUAUCCUUAACUGAUAGAUCAAUACGUAAAGGUAUUUGUUGCACGAUUAUAUAAUGAGAUGCCAAUUUGAUGAAAUUCAUAAUAAAUAUUAUUGCAGGACGGUUUAGAGAAUUAAUAAGACAAUUUAAAUUGAGAUUAUCUAAAUCGCUUAUCAAAGAGAUCAUUGAUGCUUUUCCUGGACCAAGAAAAACAGUCGAUCAAGCUCUCAUAAAAGCAAUUUAUUUGGAAGAAUUUCCUGACACAAAACCACCCCCAAUCAAACCAUCAAUAAAAAAAGAAGAAGAGAUCGUAAAAGUAGAAGCUGAAAAACCAAAAGUAAAGCAGAUACCUGAAGAAAAACUUGAGUAUUCCGAAGAAAUAAUUUAUGAAGUUGAAGAAGAUAUAUUUGAUGACUGGUAUGAAGGAUUAGAAUAUUAUUAAAUUAACAAAAUUA